CAGUCAGUACCUGAUCAGCUGCAUUGAUGAUGUGUUCAGUGUUUUCUCCUGUCAAAACGUGUGCUGGCUGUGAAGCUUUGCUGCUUUUCCUCUCAACGUGUUUGUGAUCGUGUUGAGCUUUGGACUGUUGGUCGGACUGAACAAACUCUGUGAAGGAGUCCCUUUGGGACCACAUGUCUCACUGUUUGGACACCAGUUGGACAAACCAAACAAUCAGGGGAUUCAUGGAGAAAACAAUCAGCAAACAAUCAUCAGCUGCAGUCAACAUGAGCUCCAACAGGAAGCUCCUGCAGGAGUCACAGCCAGCUGAUCUGAGGUCAGACAGGACAGGACGACAGGGGACGCUUUACUGCAGUACUCUGAGUACUUUCAGUACAUGCUCCUGUUUACUGAAGUAACACUGUUCAGUGCUGAUGAUGAUAAACUCAUCUCUUCUCGAGGUAAAACAUUAAUGUGGUCAAAGUCUGAUUGAUUUAACUCUGCACACACGUGGAGAAAUCGCCUUUAAAAAAACAGAAUAAAGAGUAUUAAUAGUGCAAACUUUAAGUAGUACCUGUACAGUGUAGGUGAGUACACCAAGAAGUGAAGCCUCCUACGCACACACACAGUGGUCGUGCACGUGACAGUUUAACUGAGAGGCCCUCUGAGCUGCUCAGAGCUGCAGAUAAGCGUGUUAGCAAUGUUUGGUAUGCGGCGCUGCAGAGCACGAAGCCGAUUCAGUCCAAGUGACAACCGGACGGCCACGAAUCGUCACCAGUUUAACCAAACCCAAACAGAAGAACAGCAGUUUGUUUCAGAGGAAAGUUAAAGAAACAAACAAACAUUUUAGAUCCUCAUCAAAUGUUCACGUAAAAAAUCAUCAGUUCAUAUGUGAGACUGUUUAAUCUUCUCCAAACAAAACACUGGUGUCGUGUUGUUCAGGGUCUGUCAAAAAUCUCACACCAACGUUUUCAUUUUGUUUGCAUGUUUUGGAUUUGUGUGUUUUUGACCUGAUUUUUCAUUUUCACUUUGCUUCUCUGUGAUGUGAGACCUCGAAGUUCUGGUCACAUGAUCAAAGAUGGUCGUCACUCGCUCCACCACCGCUGACCCACACUCACGUAUCCCCUCCAAAACUUAAUGGGUUCUUUCUUGGUUCACACUCCUUCAUCCAGCUUUUGUGUGUCCCUGCUGACAAAGCAACAAACCAGACUGAAGCCUGACCUCCUCUGUGAGGUAAUGGGGGCGCUCUCCACCAGCCGAGAGCCAAGGCCUCAAACCGGGUUCAGCUGACCCCAUGUGAGCUGCUUCACAGUCGGCUGCAAACCGCUCCAGUGUGAGCUGAAGGUCACAAACUGAUGGAGCCAACAGAACCACAUCACCUCCAAAGGCCGGGGUUCUAAACCAGAUGCGCUCCCCACUCAGCUGCGCCCUGAGAUCCUGUCCAUCACAAACAGGAAGGGAGACGAGGGACUGCAGUCCACCAUUCACUGAAAUGAUUGUAGUUUUAUUUUGAAGAGACAGUUUGGUUGGUUGUGCUUUAAAUGUGUUUCUGUGAGUCCAUUCAUCCCUGCGGAAGAGUUUUCUUGCUGGCUUUCACCAGGAUUAGUGUGUGUGUGUGUGUGUCCGCAUAUAUAAGCUGGUGGACUUUUGUUCAGUGGAAGGUUGGGGUUUCAGGAUGAAGUCUGCUCUGUUUCUGCUUCUGCUCCUGUGUUUGUCUCAGGCCAGUCAGGGACAGUUGGAGGCUUCUGUCCCCCAGGAGGACAGUGUCAGGACAGGUUUGGAGGAUGUGCAGAUGAGGGCUGGUGUCCCCCCAGAGCUCCCUGUCCUCUGGGAUGAGCUGUGGGGUUUAAAGGAGCUGGUCCUGAGUCUGAAAGCAGUGGAGGUGGAGCAGCGUCAGGCCCUGCGGAGCAUGGAGAGCCGGCUGAGGGACAGGGAGGUGGAGGCCGAGCAGCAGAGACGCAGUCUGGAAGGACUACAGGAGACGUCGGUCCAUCAGAGGGAGGAGCUGCUGCAGCUGAACUCAGAUCUGAGGAGGAAGGUGAAGGAAGUGGAGGAGCAGAGCGGAGCUCAAGCGGUCGACUUUUCGUCUGAAGUGUCGACGCUGCAGUCCAGACUGAACAGCAGCGAGAGCUCAGUGGAGGAGCUGAAGAGGAAGAGCACAGCUCUGUCGGCGGAGCUGCCGUACCUGCAGACAAGACUGAGGGCGAGUGAGAGCACAGUGGAGCAGCUGAGGAGGAAGAGCGCAGUGCUCGCGGUCAGACUGUGUAACGCUGAGAGUGUGAUGGAGGAGCUGACGAAGCAGAUCUCAGCGUUCCCAGCCUCCAACAGUUCGGCUCCAGCUGAAGUGUUUGAGCUGGAGCGUCGACUGAACGUCCGCCCGGAGGGGCUCGACACCAGCACACAAGGUCAGCUAUCAGACCUAAGCAGCAGACUGAACUCCAGCCAGCGUCACCUGGAUGAGCUCAGUAGAAGCGCUGCAGACCAAACAGGUCGGCUGAAGUCUGUGGAGAGACGAGUGGAUGAGCUGCAGACAGAAAAUACAGCUCUGACUGACAGACUGAGUGUCGCUGAACGUCACCUGGAUGAGCUGCUGACUCAAGCCACAGGUCAGGCAGAUACAGUGAAGCAGCUGCAGACUGAUGGGGCAGAUCAAACCUCCAAGCUGAUGAACCUGCAGAGAAAACUGAAUGUGACUGAGAGUCUGUUGGACGCAGUGAGCGCAGAGCUGGAGGUCAGGCUGGGAGUCUCUGAGACGCACCUGGAUCACCUGAAGACUGAACACGCAGAGCUGGAGGUCAGACUGAGAUCCACUGAGACACAGCUGGAACAGCUGGAGAAUCACACUGCAGCUCUGGAGGUCAGACUGAGUGUCGGUGAGAAGCACCUGGACGAUCUGAAGACAGAACACACAGUUCAGUCCGUUCAGCUUUCCUUGAUGGAGUCCAGACUGACAGACGGACACAACAACACUACAGAGCUGGAGAUCAGACUGAGCGUCGGUGAGAAACAGCUGGAACACCUGAAGACUGAACACGCAGUUUUGAGCUUCAGACUGAAUGAAAGUGAAGUUCGUCUGCAGAAGCUCACAGACACCAACUCAGAUGAGCUGAAUGUUGCUUUCUCAGCCGGUCUGACCGAUUCAGGAUCAGUCGGACCAUUUGAUGAGGAGACCACUCUGAUUUUCUCCAAAAUGAUCACCAACGUGGGCCAAGCGUACAACCAGACUGCAGGUGUGUUCACAGCUCCAGUCAGAGGACUUUACUUCUUCAUCUUCACGGUUGCAGAUUACCUCAAAGGUUACAUGGGCCUCUACCUGUACUGGAAUAACCAGCCAAUCAUCUUCAACCUGGAGCUGAAUGACCACGGCGGCUACGCCUCCAUGUCCAACGGCGUGGUCCUGCGGCUGGAGGAAGGCGACGUGAUCCGCCUCAGUCUGCCAGCCAGCUACCGCCUCUACGACGACUCGCGAAACUUCACCAUUUUCUCCGGUUUCUUGCUGUUCCCCCUCUGACUGGACAGCAACAGGAUCGGGGUGGGAGUGAGACAUCCUGUCAUCACUAAACUAUCUUCAUCAGACUGGAACUGAGUAGGAGUGGACGUCUGUCUUGAUGUGGUGACUGACUUCCUGUGGUGACGGCCGGGAUGGAUUGAGGUCUGAAGACAAAACUGAUGUGAGAAACAGAUCGUGUUUCCACCUGUGAAGUUGAAGAACAUUCGUAAACAGAUAACUGAUGAAAAAAUGUGAACAGAAAGGAAGUCCAGCUGCACCCAGCGGCUGUUCAGAGCUGCCCAUCAGAUCAGCUGAGUGAUCAGUAAACACACUGAGGAAAAGUUUCAGCCUCCAUGAUGGCUGGACAUAAAU